AUGCGGACUACAGUGUAUUGCUGCUCAGGUAGCACCGGGAUAGGCUGUGGACCGAUGACUGUAGGGGUCUCCUGGCGGUUUGGCUCCAUGGAAGAUCCCUGGUCUUCACUGGCCCUGCUGGGUCACUCCCAGCAGCACUUUCGGAAACUGUCCUCUGUUACCAGUAUAAAUCUGGAAAGUUAUCCAAACCCACUCAGUCCAAAUACAAUUAUUGGAUCUCCGGGGACCUUGGGAGUCCUGAUAUCAAGCAGUAACCCUGCUGACUCUGACCCUUUCAUUGACUUUAAUUACUGUGCCCAGCUACAUUUUAAGACUGGAGAGGACCAAAGAGGUGAUUUGUCAAUAACGCUAAAAGCAACAUCAUAUCAGGUAAUACACAGUAAGAACUUAUUAUGUGUCCCUUCCUUGCUGACCCACAAUGAAAACAUGGUGGCCAAAGUGGGUGAAGUGAAGUCCACCAUCAAAUUCCUGAUGAAGAAGGUGCUGUGUCUGGCAGUGGCUGUUGGCCACGUGAAGAUGACAGAAGAUGAGCUUGUGUAUGACAUCCACUUAGCUGUCAAUUUCGUGGUGUCCUUCCUCAAGAAGAAUUGGCAGAAUGUUAGGGCUUUAUACAUCAAGAGCACCAUGCGCCCGAACUAA